AUGUACAAACUUGUCGCUCUCCUUGUCUUGCCAUACAUUGUCGUCGCCUUUCCACCUCGUCACGGCGAUCCGUUCAACCCUAUUGGACCUUGGCAUAAAAGAGUCAGUUUUGCCUUUCCAGUCGAGAAAAAUUUUCAAGCAGGUUUUGGCAGUUUCUGAAAAUUUUUCGGAAAGCAUUUCGAAAGUCUAGAUGAAUACUUUUUAUAGUUUCUGUCCACGAAAAGCCUUUUUUUUAGAACAAUCAUUUCCAAAUCACCGAGAAUUCGUUGCAGGCUUGGUCGAUAAUCUUAAAUCUUUAAAAAUCAAAAAAUCAAAAAAUUAAACGGCUAUUAAUAAUUAUCAUUACAUCUUUCAGAACUUUUUGACCAAAAAAAUCCCGAGAAACUUCAACCAUCGUAUCUUUAUUUUAAUUUUUACUCAAGCUCAAUUUCUUGAUUUUCUUCUUAAUUCAAUCAUUUAAGGGACCUCCAUGUGGACUUCCUAAGUUCCUAGAAAGACUUCCUGAAGAGGCUCAAGAAAAAGUGAAGGCUAUCUGGGCCAACUACAAGGAGGGCGACGAUUGCGAUGCCGAAAACAGACAAACUAGGUAUGAUCAUGACAUCACAGAACUGUUAAUUCACGAUUUCAUUAAGAGAAAUCGUUCACGAGCUUCCUGAAGAAGUUCGAGAGAAGGUUUUCGCUGGUAGAUGUGGACCUACGUUCUUGAGAAACGUGUCUUCUACGAUCCGCAAGGAGUUCCGCUCUGUUUGGUGAGUUUCAUGAUCAACAAUACAUAAGACUAAAAAUUCCUCAAUUUCUGAGCUUCAUACGUUUCUGAUGUUUUUAUUCUGAUUUUUCGACUUUGCAGUGAUUUUAGGUUCGAGCAUAAACUGACCCAAGAAGACAAAGAGCUCGCCCUGAAGAAACUCGCUUACUCCUUGUUGAGCGGAGAAUCGGUAAAGCUUCUUCUUUUUCAUUUUAAUUAUGACUUUCUCUCCCAAAACCCGUGUCUAGACACAUUACGUUUUUGCGUGCAUGCAAGGAUAUCGCACAAAUAUUUGUUUGCGUUUUACAGCUGGCCCUUUUCAACAAGUGGGAAGAGGAGCUGCAGGUGCGUAAAAGCGAGCUAGCGAAGAAAAUUGAAGCCCUAUCCCCAGAAGGAAAAGAAGCCUACGGCAAUUGGAAGGAGCUCCGCUUGAAGGUUGAAACUUUGAACUGAAACUUAAGUGCUUUUUAUUUUCAGGAAAAAGCUUUUUUGGCGGGUCUGCCCAAGGAAGUCCGAGAGGAACUGAAAUCUCUCUGUGGUUUCCGACCUCGCAACGAAACUACCACUGAAGUGUCCACUACCACCGAGGCCGCCACUACCACCACCGUUGAAACCAUCACUGAGGUCCUUUCAUUUCUCCCUCAAUUUCAUGUUUCGAAUCAAAUUUUCGAGCAAUUCCAAUUUUUUCAGGCCGCUAUUGCUAGUACAACUGCUCAACCAAUAAUCGAAGAAAAGGCCAAGGAAAAAGAGUUCGCUGUUUUCCUCGACAUUUCACUUCCUGAAGAACUCAACGACGAGGCUCAGUGCUCUUUCUACAUGUAA